AUGGAGCUCGCAACGCCUCCACCCGCCGGCACAGUAACCACAUCGCCCCGCCCGCCAAUCGUGCCCUCGAAGCUCCGUCUCAUGUGCAGCUACGGUGGUCACAUACUCCCUCGCCCCCACGACAAAUCUCUCUUCUACGCCGGCGGCGAGACCCGCAUCGUCGCCUUGGAUCGCCGCACGACCGCCGCCUCACUCUCGGCGCUCUCCGCGCAUCUCUCUCGAGCCCUCCUAAACAACCGCCCUUUUCUCCUCAAGUACCAGCUUCCCAGCGAGGACCUCGAUUCGCUAAUCUCCGUUCUAACCGACGAGGAUCUGUCGAACAUGCUCGAGGAGCACGAUCGGAUCGAUCCACCCGCGCGCAUCAGACUGUUCCUCUUCCCCGUCAAGCCCGAAUCCCUGGGGUCGGCCCUGCUCGACCCGAAAUCAGAUACCUGGUUCUCAGAUGCUCUAAAGAGCACGGGGGUUUUGCAGAAGGGGCAAUCUGCGGAUUCCGGUUUAUUGAUGAGCAUUGUGCCGGAUUUGGAGACUCCUUUGGAGAGUGGGUGUAUCGGCGGCGGCAGCGGUGGCGAGGGUAAGCUCAGUGCUGAGUCAUUGGUUCUGGAAACGAGUUCAUCAUUUGGGUCAACUAGUUCUUCGUUUUCCAUGUCCAAUUCUCCUCCAAUCGGGAUUAACCAGUGCGAUGAGAAGGGAGUGAAGCUUGACAGGAGCAUCAGGGUUCCUUCAUCUGCCUCAAUUGAAAGUGAAAUAAGGCUUGCAAGUUUAUCAGCCCCACCACCAAAACCUGGGUUCCUUCAAGAGCCACUGAUUCAGCUACCUGAUGGAAAAAAGCAACAAUCUGAAACACAGUUAAUCCAAGGAGGUUUGCAUUAUAUACCUCAGUAUCCUGGUCCAGUGCAAAUCCCACCUUACUAUCCUCUAUACCAAACUCCAAUACUCCCACAGCAUAUAUCAUGCCCUCCAAAUCAGCCCUAUCCCAUAUAUUUGGUUCCGGUUACACCUUCGCAAUAUCCUAACAUGUCAAUGCUGUAUAAUUCCUCGGAUGCCAAUACUACAACUACUACUUCAGUUCUUCCUCCUUUGCAUCCACAGGCAACAUUACCAGCUCAACCAAAAGUUCAUCCUGCUGCAACACAACUAGUUGGUUUACCUUCUGAUCAAGGUCUAUCUGUGGGCCCUCCCGAGCCACAGACUGCUUUGGAAUCUGUUAACACAACUGCUUCUGAGGGCAAUGAGUUUGAUGAAGAUAUUGUGUACAAUCAAAUAUACAAAACCCAGCCUUUGGCACCUGUGGUGACACCUCAGAACCAAACGAUGACAACGGGAAUGAAGCUUGUGGAACCUUCUGUCCAGUUUCAGCAGAAAAAGCCAUGCUAA